CAUUGCCAGGCUCCUCUCGGCGGCGGCGGCGUCUGCGGCGCUGCGCCCCCAGGUCCGGGCUGGGAUACCAUCGGCAGCAGCUGCAGCAGCACUGGGGAGCCCCCGGCCUCAGUCCUGAUCCCGGACAAAAAAUGGUGCAGAAGAAAGCAGCUGAACUUGAGGGUUUCCAUCGUUCGUUCAAGGGACAGAAUCCUUUUGAGCUGGCCUUCACCGUCAACCAGUCCAACCACCUAGAAUCCGUCUUCAAUUUUGAGUGCCCGACCCGCCCAGACAUGCCCUCGAGCCAGCCCAUCGACAUCCCCGACGCCAAGAAGAGGAGCAAGAAGAAGAAGCGCUGCCGGGCCACCGAUAGCUUCUCCGGGAGGUUUGAAGAUGUUUACCAGUUGCAGGACGAAGUGCUGGGGGAGGGAGCCCACGCCCGAGUCCAGACCUGCAUCAACCUCAUCACCAACAAGGAGUAUGCCGUGAAGAUCAUCGAGAAGCGCCUGGGCCACAUAAGGAGUCGGGUGUUUCGGGAGGUAGAGAUGCUGUACCAGUGCCAGGGACAUCGAAAUGUCCUUGAACUGAUAGAGUUCUUCGAAGAAGAGGAGAGAUUCUACUUGGUGUUUGAGAAGAUGCGGGGUGGCUCCAUCCUCUCUCAUAUCCAUCAGCGACGUCAUUUCAACGAGCUAGAGGCCAGCAUGGUGGUUCAGGACAUUGCCAGUGCCCUUGACUUCUUGCACAAUAAAGGGAUUGCACACAGGGAUCUUAAACCUGAAAACAUCCUCUGUGAAAAUCCUGACCAGGUUUCUCCAGUCAAGAUCUGCGACUUUGACCUUGGCAGCGGCAUUAAGCUCAAUGGUGACUGCUCUCCCAUCUCCACCCCGGAGCUGCUCACGCCGUGUGGCUCUGCAGAGUACAUGGCCCCCGAGGUGGUGGAAGCUUUCAAUGAGGAGGCGACCAUCUACGACAAGCGAUGUGACCUGUGGAGCCUCGGGGUCAUCCUCUACAUCCUGCUCAGUGGCUACCCGCCCUUCGUGGGCCAUUGCGGCAGCGACUGCGGCUGGGACCGGGGCGAAGCUUGCCACACCUGCCAGAACAUGCUUUUUGAGAGCAUCCAGGCAGGCAAGUAUGAGUUCCCUGACAAGGACUGGGCCCAUAUCUCCUUUGGAGCCAAAGACCUCAUCUCCAAGCUGCUUGUCCGGGAUGCCAAGAAGCGGCUGAGUGCGGCCCAGGUCCUGCAGCACCCCUGGGUGCAGGGGUGUGCUCCAGAUAACACCUUCCCCACUCCAAUCAUCCUGCAGAGAAACAGCAGUGCCAAAGAACUCACCUCCUUCGCGGCAGAGGCCAUCGCCGUGAACCGCCAGCUGGCCCAGCGCGAAGAAGACGAGGAGGAAGAAAACCGACCAAUCGUCAUCAAAGCUACCUCAUGUUCCAUGCAGCUGUCGCCCCCGUCCAAGUCCAAGCUGGCCCAGCGGCGGCAGAAGGCCAGCCUGUCCAAGGCCCCGCCGGCGCCGCAGCACCUGGUCAGCCCCCUGGUCCUGGUCAGCGACCACAUGUAACGGCCCGCCAGGGCCCCUCCGGCCCCUCCUGCGCACUCGUCCGUUGAGGUUUGCCGGGGUCGGGUUUGGUUUUUAAGCUGUCGCCAGCCGUCGAUCACUCCCUCCUCUGGCUGGUUUCCAGGGAGUUCAGCUGACCUUGGGAGUAGUUUUUUUUUUUUUUAUAAACAUUUUUUAAGUGGUCUAAUGGUAUUUACCAACGAAGCAAGAAAGCGGCACACACCCCGCGCGCGCCCGGGCGUGGGGCACACUGAUUGUUUUGGGUCCUUGUUUGUUGUUGAGGGUUCCCUCCCUUCCUACGCCAAAGGAUGCGCUGUCAGCUCAGCCCGCCCCCUAACUGUGAAAGACGGCCAGUCAGUCGUGGGAAAAGUCACGUGGCCCCUCGCCCCGCCCCCGCCCCGCCCUCGCUCCCUCGGCUCCGGAGGAAGGCCUGCGUCCUCCCUCCAGAAGCUUUGAAGUCUUCCAGAGCAGGGGAAGGGUCCCUGGGGGAGGAAAAGUCCGCGGGUGGGGGGAGGGGGCAUGCCCCCCUCCCCCCGCAUAUGUGCAUACUUCCUAUAUAUGUAUAUACAUAUGCAUCUGACACAUAUGCGUACGUAUAUAUAUGUAUGUAUAUAUAUAUAUAAUUUAUUUUGCUCAUCCAGCCCCGUGGGAAAUUCUCAGUAUUCUAAGGGAACUUUUCCCCCCUGGCCUGUGUACAGUAUUGAGAAAGGAGUGGUCCGCGCCUGAACUCCAGGUGAAAUCUGAACCCGCUCCAGAUAGAAUAGGCUUCCUCUCCGUAAUUGUUCUUCCCACCCCCCCCCCCCAAGCUCUCCUUUUUGGGGUCUAGCUUGGAGCACAAGUUGAACCCACCUGGACACGGCCUUGGAGCAGGAGGAGGACGCCCCCUGGAGGAGGCAGAGCCCACCCCCAAGCUGGGCCGCUCCCCGGGGCUCUCCCCCCCAGCCCCCUUUUUUUCCUCUCCUUGCCCUCCCCCACCCCACCCCAUCACUGACUGGCCAGAAUGUAGUCUAAGAGCAGGGUGUGGCUGGCGUUCUCCCUUACUUACCCCGCUCCCCACCUCAUGGGGCAGACAAUCUGGGGCUUCUGCGAAUCUCCCCCUUCCCCCCUUUUUUUCCUGGGACCCUGUUAGGUAUCGGCCUCCCUGGGGGAAGCAAGCGUACCUGACUGUUGGUGAUGGGGACAAGACACUGCUGGAAGGUGCUGGGAUCCUGGGCCAUUAAAAUACUCGUGCCCCCCACGUCCGGGGAGGGAGGAGGAGAGCCGGAUUUCCCACGGAUCCCGGGGUGCUGCUACGUGCCUCCCGCGCCGCCUCCCACCCUGGGUCCGAGAGGAAAGGGGGGGCGGGAAGCUUGAUUUACCUUCUCUGGCUGGAACAGGCUACUCAGGUGCCUAGGGCGGGGCACCUGUGCCCCGGGGGCCCCACGGGCCCAUUUUCAGGGCUCAGGGCGAGUGGGGCAAUGCCGGCUCCCCUGCCCUCCCCUUCCGUUUGGAGUUAAGCCUAGAAUGGGCGAUUUCAGUCAGUGGGGGCAGACGGGAAGAAGUCCCUCCUCUUCCCCUUCCCCACUCGGAAGCCUGAAGCUGAAAUCAACUCCAGUGCCCGAGGGGAGAAUUUCUUUUGCCAACAUUCAGGAAAAAAGCUCUAGUUUCCUGCUUAGACUUUAGGUGUCUUGGAUCCUGGGGCUCAGCAGAUCCAAGCGGCUCAGGGUUCUAGUUCGAUUCCGAUGAAACACUCCAGCCAGGAAUUCCUAUAGAGAGACUGGAGUCUCCUCCAGGUCCAUCUCUCCGACACCCUCCGUGUAGAGAGAGCCUCCCAGGAGCCCGGAGAGGGCACCUGCGCCGACAGGUGCUUUCUUCCCGCCACCUUUGGGUUCUGGGCAGCGAUAAACUAUGCAAUACCAGUUCCGUCUUAUGUGUGCAUAUAUAUAGAUGUAAAUAUAUAUAUGUAAUUUUUUCUUUCCCAGUCAGGGAGGUCAAGAUGGUGGGACGUGUUUGGAGAGAAGUCCUCAGGUUUUCUUUAUAGUCAGUCCCCCUAAGCCUCAAAUAGCAUUUUUCUCGUCCCCUCAGCCCUCAUUUCUUUGCUCCCGAACCCCUCCAGCCCUCGGCCAGAACUCCCUUGAAUAGACUGGGUCACACUGUGUCAGUUUUGUCCCAUGCCCGCCGAGGAAGUUGGGAAACUGCUCAGACAGCCACAGGUGGAAGCAGGGGAUUCUGGGGAAAUGAUAGUCAUUGCUUCUUCAGAGUCCAAGGUCUUUGAUUGUACAUUGUGUUUUUAUAGGGAUUUUGGAGUCAUUUGUUUUUAUUCUCACUUGUAGAUUUCCUCCUGCCCCCCACCCCCACCCAACGGGUAUUUGUCUUAUAUUAAGAAUACUUGAAUGGUGUAAGUAGGGGUCAGGCUAUCCCCACGCUACACCUGGAAUCCUGGUCACACCUGGAGGAGGGGGCGCGGAGUUUUUUUGUUUUGGGUUUUUUUUUUAAAGCAACUCCCUCCUCCUAUGAUUCCCCCCCUCCAUAUGCCUUGAUCUCCAAUCCUCCCCCAAAAUCUUCUUUGGACAUACCUGGCAGGCCAGGGCAGGGCCUGGAGGAUUGAAGUUUGCUCCCCUACUGACCUACUGAGUGUUGUGGGGUGGGGCACGACAAAGGAGGAAGAUGGAGAGACCUCCUUUCUAUCUCCUGCCCCUUACUCCGGCCCCUUUCACGGGUCAGACUUCUGAUUCACUUCCACAAACGCUGUCUGCAGUAUCUGAAGUUUAUUGAGUAGGAGGGGGGUGUAAAUGGAAAAUCAAUAGUUGUUCUUUCCAGCUGGGAGUUUUCUGGGAUUUUUUUUCUUUUAACUCCCCCUUCCCUCCCCCCCCCCCAAAAAAAAAAGCCUUGGAGACUCAAAUUGCUAUUUUCCCCCUACUAAUCAGAACUUAGCUGAUACUGAUGACUGACUUUUAUUUUUGUUUUUUUUUUUUUAAUUUAGGUUCACUUUCCCUUUCCUGCCCAACUGUUUCCCUGUCCCUAUUCCUGCCCCCUCCCCUUUUAACCAAUUAAUUCAACUUGGAACUGGUUAGAAAUGUUACUGUGAACCUUUUUCAAGGCUCAUAAAAAAAGAUGCCCCCCUUGUCCCCACCCCAGCAUGGGGUAGGCCAUUCUUGAAAGUGGCCGAAAUGAUGUCACACACUGCACUGCUGUGGUAUCCAAGACUGGCCCCCAUGAGAAAAGGGGUAUGUCAGCUUAGAAACUGCUGAAAAAGAAAAACAACGAAAAACAGAAAACAUACACCAUCCCAAUAGAAAGAAAAGGAGGGAAAAAAAAGCACUUUAACUAUGGGGUACCAGGUAAACUGAUACAGCUCAAGAGUUUUCCUUUAUAACAACUAUCAAAUGCCAGAAUUUUGUAUUCUGUUUUGUAAGAAUUUAAUAAAAGCAUUGCAACCUA